UUCCUUUAUGAAUUUUAUAUUGUCGAUAAAGCUACAAUUGACACUGCGCUUAAACUAAUGUACUGCAAAACGACCAAGAUUUAAUUAACACCGAACAUCUGCAUGUUGUUGCUGUUGAAUUGUUGUUGUUGCAUAAGUAUCUGCAUAAGAAGGCGUUGUGCUAAAAAUUCGGCCAGAAACGUUGCCUGCUUGGUGACCAAAGUAGACUUGUACAUAAUCGCCGGACAAAAAGCAUGUUGACGUUUCUUGUUUGUUUACGUUUUAUAUGCAGUACAGUAAUAAAUUUCUAAUAAAGUUUUGUAAUAAUAAUUAUAAUAUUAUAAAUUACUGUUAUUUUCAAUAAGUUUUGCAGGAAAAUGUUUGUAUUUGCGCGUUUAUCACUACGGGAUAAAUACCAGUGCCACACAUAUUUAUCCCGUGGAUAAUUGCUGUGAUGUUUCCUACAAGCAGCCAAUCUCUGUGCGUUGGGCGGUUAACUGCAAGAUCUACGAGUAUGGAAAAUAAUGUGGUAGACUUCCGCGCACUGUGCAUUUUUGCAUGCUAUGCAGCUAUGGCGUCAGGAUUAUUGAAGGCUGAUUCGCGCGUGGCUCCUUAGACCGAAGAACUAUCGCAUCGUGGAUCGGAACUCCCCAUUUUGUUUUUGGGAAAUGGUACGACCUGGACGAGUGGGACUUGCCGUCAUUGUUCAGUUUUUCAUAAGUCACUGGAGCUACGGCAUCAACCAGAACACCAGCUGGCCAGCCAUCUCCUGCUACGUGUGUUCCCAUCUGGAGAAUGUCGCUUGCGAUAAGGACGUGACGAUCCUGAAGAAGGACGUCAAACGGCACGUGGCCAGCUUCGCCACGCAGCAGUUCCGCGGGAAGGCCGCGUGGAGCCAUGACGGGCUGGUGCUGCCGCUGCAGCCCUACUGCUAUACCAGCGUGGUACGCGUGCUGAAGGACGGCGAAGUCAUCAGCUUCUUCGAUCGGGGCGGCGCGUAUCCGGGCGCCGGGGAUGCCAGUGGCUGUGUCAAGGAGCACACGGAGACCAAACAGCAAUGGGAUGAGAACAACCAGCAUCCGGCGCUCAAGUACUACAUCUUCUGCCGUACUGCCUUCUGCAAUACGAUCACGAUGGAGAAGCUGGAGCAGCAGUGCUUUAAAAAUAACGAGCAGUUUGAUCCACCGGCGUUUUUGGGGCACGCUAAGGCUACCGAUGGAGCGGUGAGACAAAGCUUUCCUGGUGUUCACAUGAUACCAGUCAUUGCGACGCUUCUGGGCGUCGGCGUGUCAAGCUCGCUGUCCUCAGUAUGGCACGCGGUCGUUGCGCUGCUGUGGUCAUUCGAUCUCCACGGUGCACAGGCUCUGCGCUGCUUCUCCUGCGCCGACGACGGUGCCCGGACCGCGGCCUACCUGCACAACUGCUACAACGUACCGACCGCCAUGGAAACGGUCGACUGUCCCGACCGCUACCCGCCGCCCAACAACUACAAGAUGGUCCUGCGCCAGCAAGGCUACUGCGCCACCUGGUUGGAGCAGUUCCCCAACGGGGGCGGUCGCACCAACGUCAUCAGCCGCGGCUGCGUGUACCCGGGCGGCGAACCGGACAACUGUCUGCAGGUGGAUGCGGAGAUCCAGCGCCUUGUGGGCCCCGGCAUCGACUACAAUCCGGACGGCACCGUGGUCAUUACCUCUCUGGGUGGCUGGUUUGAUAAGAAGAAUCCGAACGGUGGACAGAAAACCAUAAUCCCCCGACUGCGCAUGGUGAAGUACUGCCGGUUUGACAAGUGCAACCAGAUAACCUAUAACGAACUGGUCCAGUGGUGUUUCGGUGGUGUUGGCAGCACGUUAACUACGCGGGAUUUGUCGGUACCGAUCACGACGCCAUCUACACGACUGCCGGUGACGUAUUCAAAAAAGGACGAAGACCGCAUCAAAGAAGAACGCCUGAAAAUGGAAAGAGAGUUUGUAAUAGCGUGGACACAAGAGCUGAAAAUACGGUACGAAUACUUUUUGAAGAUCAAACAGAAGUGGGAAGCGGAGAAGACUCCGACCGUCGCCAAAGAUAAGGAAAUCGAGGAGGAGGACUUCUUUGAGGUGACCACCAAGAGGAACACAAGGAUAAAUCACGCCGGACGACGCUCCAUAGAUUGGCUGUUAUUGGCACUGCCUAUGUGCGCGUGGCGCGGAACGUUAUUAGUUCAUGUAGUAUGAGUAGCACUCCCAGUUUUGCGGUAAUAUAUGGAAUGUUUUUCGUACCGAAAAAAAAAACUGGAACGCUUUUUCCCUUCAAGUAG